UUAUGUGUUCAACCGUUUGUUCCACAUGGAAUGAAACGUAGUUUCAUUGGUUACAGAACAAAAAGUAUAAAACAAGGCGAUGAAACUAAAGCCAAUUCCCUGAAACUCUGAAAGCAUCAACAAAGAAUAAGCCAAAGAGGAAACAGACAAUAUACAAAAUAAUACACCUGCAAAGAACAAAUUUGGUUGAUCCCAACAAGGUGUAUUCAAAUAAGGCCAAUAACCUAAAAGACAACACCAAUUGAAUUGCCUCCUCCUAUUUAUGAUCUGAUUAGGGAACUGGAAUAUACAUCGAUCUUAAGCUGCAAAAUAAUUUGAGAAAAUGCGGAAGCCACAUGUUGUAGCUAUUCCUUACCCGGCACAAGGCCAUGUAAUUCCCUUGAUGGAAUUGUCACAGUGCUUAGUGAAUCAUGGAUUUAAAGUCACAUUUGUGAACACAGAGUUUAAUCACAAGCGGGUCAUGAAUGCUACGGCUGAUGAAAGCCAUUUAAGGAAUGCUCAAAUUAAACAGGUUCCAAUUUCAGAUGGGUUAGAACUCUGGGAGGACAGAAAUGAUCUAGGAAAAUUAUCUGAGGCAAUACAAAGAGUCAUGCCUGUGAAGUUGGAGGAGCUCAUAGAAAAGAUCAACCAAAGGGAAAGUGAUGAAGUCACCUGUGUCAUUGCUGAUGAGAGUUGCGGAUGGGCACUGGAAGUGGCACGGAAAAUGAAGAUCAGGCGGGUGGUAGCAUUUUGGCCUGCAUCAGCUGCUGCUUUGGAAGUGAUAUUUUGUAUCCCCAAGUUUAUUCAGGAAGGAAUUAUCCACAAAGAUGGAACUGUCUUGAAAGACCAGAUGGUUGAAUUGGCACCAAACAUGCCCACAAUGAAAACCACAGACUUCAUAUGGGCAUCCAUUGGUGACUCAACCACUCAGGAAAUCAUAUUCCAAGUUAUGGAAAGAAGCAACAAGACUGUGAAACUGGCUGACAGACUAGUUUGCAACUCAGCAUUCGAUCUCGAACCAGCAGCAUUCACCUGCUUGGAACCAACAACAUUCACAUUGGCACCAGACAUCUUACCUAUAGGCCCACUUUUGGCCAGCAGCCGUCUCGGAAAAACAGCCGGCAGCUUCUGGCCAGAAGACUCAACCUGCCUAGAAUGGCUUGAUCAACAAUCACCUUCCACAGUCAUCUAUGUUGCCUUUGGAAGCUUCACAGUUUUUGACCAAACCCAGUUCCAAGAAUUGGCUCUGGCUCUUGAACUCUCCAAUAUGCCAUUCCUCUGGAUCGUGAGGCCAGACAUCUCUGAAACUACCCCCUACCCUGAAGGAUACAAAGAGAGAGUUGGCUCUAAAGGGAUGAUGGUGGGAUGGGCCCAACAGCAGAAGGUUCUGGCGCACCCUGCAAUUGCUUGCUUCAUAAGCCACUGUGGUUGGAACUCUACCUUGGAAGGUCUAAGCAAUGGGGUUCCAUUCUUGUGUUGGCCAUAUUUUGCGGACCAGUUCCUCAAUGAGAGCUACAUUUGUGAUGUAUGGAAGGUAGGGAUGAGGUUUGAUAAGAAUGAAAAAGGGAUCAUCGCGAAAGAAGAAAUCAAGAACAAGGUGGAACAAGUCCUUGGAGACAAAAGUUUCAGUGCUAGGGCUUCAAAACUCAAGGAUCUAGCUAUGAUCAAUGUCAAAGAAGGUGGGCAGUCUAACAUGAUCUUCAAGAAUUUUAUGGAAUGGAUGAAGUCAUAGACGUGUAAUUUGCGGGUUACUACGGGCUAUGUAGUAGUCAGCCUGGACCAAUGAUAUGGCUUGA